AUGAAGCCAAUGGACGUCUCAAAGGAAAGCUCCGUAAUCUCCCAUCCCAGUUCUCUUAAAAGACUCAGACGUCAAUCUGUCUCCUCCUCCAGCAGCUCAGACUCUUUCCUAGUUUCAAACCAGUCUAUCCUUUUACCCGUGAUUAUUUCUUUCCCGUCUCUCAAAAAGUGCUUCAAGCAGUUAUCCUUAAGUGAACGUAAAUCUAUCUUGUCAGCCUUAUCGAUCAAUUUCCCUCUCACGUCCACCCGUGUUGGCGCUGGCGGGGAUCUCUUUGUCCACGCCGAUGAUCAGUCAACCAGAGACUUGUUGUUACAACAAGAAAAAUUAGGGGAUAUCGAAGUAAAGUGUAGCCGCACAAACCGAGAAACCGAGUGCAAAAAAAUCAUCUUCGGGGUCCCAAAAGAAGAUGCAGAAGAGGAAAUAGUAGCGGAGCUCUCUCGGUACGGAGUUAUCAAGGCCCUUAGACUAAGAAAGCGCAUUGGAGAUGUUCAUGUUACCACAGAGGCUGUCAUUUUGUGGUGCAGCUGCGCGCCGCCAUCCGAAGUUCUGAUCGCAAACGAAAUCUUUCGCACCCAUGAUCCCCGGCAACGCCCCUUGUUAUGCAACAACUGCUGGCUCCUCGGGCACACAGCAUCUAGAUGUCGUCAGAAAGAGCGCUGCCGCGUUUUCUCCAAAGUUCAUGAUACCUCGGCGGUUUGCACCGCACCGACUCUCUGUCGCAACUGCAACAGCAAUAGGCACACCUCUGACGACAAAUCAUGCCCUGCUUACCGCAUGAAACAAAAAAUUCUAAAUUUCGCCCAAGCGGAGAAUUUGUCGUUCCACCAAGCCAAAGAGUUUCUGUCCAAUAAUGCACCUCAUCAACAAUCUUCACCCGCUAAAUCGUUGUCCGUCUCACUUCCCUCCCAGCAAAAAAGCACCACACCCUUACCAGCUCCAAAUGACGCCCAGAUUGAAGCACUUCAGCUAGAAAUGACUAAGCUACAAGUCAAAUCCCUCAAGUCUCAGCUAUUUAAAUACACCCCCCUUGACAUAACUACAAAGAUGCAGGAAAACAUCACUUCAACUAAGAAUCUAUAUGAAAAUCUCAAAACCACUCUUGAUUCUAUCGUUCCCGUCAUGGUAAGAUUGACUCCAAACAUCCCUUACAUCGAAGAAAUUUGCCGAAUCGUCCGCCAACAAAAUCAAAAUACAAGCUUCACACCCGCUUUACUCUCGACCGAAGCCUUAGACACAAACCAACAUGUAACGACGCACCCGGGAUCUCAAAAACCUCGCCAUGAAUAA